CGAUCAUUCAAGGUGCGCGUUAGCCUUGAGUUCUCAGCUUGCUCUCUGGACCUGUGAUUUUCUAAUCACAUUGUUCUAUCUGGAGAGAUCACAUAUUUUAGCCACUUAUCCAUAAAACACGUUAACUUCUCUCUAUUUCAGAAAACGCAAUUUAAUGGCUGAUCUUGAAAAUGCUGUUACCCUUAUGGCAACAAAAUUGUCAAUACACAAUUCAAAACCACCUUUGUGUAAUACAAAAGUUGUUACUGUUCGUUGUCGCCAUGUUGUGAAACAAAUUCCUAAACAGUAUGUUAUAGCCUAUGUUUUAUCAUUGGCACAAAAGCAAUGCUUGAAUUUUGAAAAAGAAAGUUUUUCAUUUUUGAGCUAUGUUCCAGAAGUCUGGACGAGCUUAAUUGAUGUCAUUCGAUCUACGAAUCUUGAUAAUUAUGAUUUUGGUUAUAUACAAACAGUUGCUUUAGAAUCAUUGAAAAAUGCUAUCAAAUUAUGUUAUGAUACAAUAGAUAAAACAUUAUGUCAAUAUUAUUAUUCACGUGCUUCAUUGAAUUCAUUAAAUCUAUUAUUGGAUACACACUCAGCUGUGAAUAAACGUAGACGUCAAGAAGAUCGUUGGUUUGCUGUUGCAGAUCUACUAUCGUAUGUGCCUUUAUAUAAAAGCCAUAUUGACCAAUCAUAUCUCACGGACUUCUCACCAAUCACAGCAUUCGGUAUUUUCGAUGGUCAUAAUGGUCCAGAAGUGGCUGAACAUUGUUCCCAUCUUGCACCGUAUUUACUUAGUAUAGAGUUGCAACGACAUGUUUUAUCAUCGUCAUCUAGUAUUAAUACUAGAUAUUCUAAAUGCAUACCAGAUAUAUUAGCCGAAAUUUUUCAUCGAUUGAAUAAGUCAGCUAACAGUGGAAGAGCACAGAAGUUUUGGAAUUCUGGUACAACAGCUACAGUGUGUGCAUUUGCUGGUGAUACUAUUUGUACAGCUUGGGUUGGUGAUUCACAAGCUUGGCUUAUUUUUCCUUAUACUAAUGAUAUUAAUAAUGAUAAUGAUGAUACUGUUAAUCAUAAUAGCAAUAAUUUCAAUUGUUGUGAUAAUAGUGUACAACAGAAUGAAAAAAUUAAUCACACUGCUACUACUACUACUACUACUACUACUACUGCUACUACUAAUUGUGAUAGUAGUCAUUUUCAUGAAUCAUCGGAUAGAAUAUCUGUACUAAUGGAAAUUCCAUCAUCGGAUAAAAAUUUCAAUAACAACUAUGAUACGAACAGUACACAUGUUAGAAAGUCAACAUCAUUAAAUACUAUGUCUGAUCGUUUAUCAUCCUCAUCAUCAUCACCAACGCCAUUAUGUAAUGGAAGCAUACCUACUAGUCAAAGUGUUUCAAUCAUUGAGAAACAACAACAACAACAAUCUCCACCUCAAUCAACAAUAGUUGUGAAACAGUUUUCUAGAGAAAAUUCUGUGCCUAGUAACAUUGAUGAUAUUAAUAACAAUAACAAUAAUGGCAAUGACAAUGAAAUGGAAAUAAAUGAAUAUUUAGGCAUUCCGUUGACAGAUUGUCUACAUCGUCCAGAAUCACCUACUGAAUUUGUUUCUGUCCUACGAACUGGUGGUUCAAUAUUGACUGAAGUUGGCUCUGAGAAUAGUUCAUCUAUUGAGAAUAAAAUUUUCUUUUCACAUUUACCUCAAGGUUACAUGAUCAAUUCAGCUGUUGCUCGUGACGUUAAAGAGAAUAUUCCUAAUAGUAAUAAUAAUGAUUGUUUUAGUAAACAUAUUUCUAUACCACCCCUUGAUAAUCCAAGUUUAAUCGAUUGUAGAGUUGGAUGUUUAUCAUCAGUAAGUCGAUCAAUCGGUGAUGAUGAAACAGCGGUUGGUUUGAAUGCUUUACCAUCGAUAACAAUUUGGUCAGCAGAUAAACAAAGACAUCACCACCACCACGACCAACAACAACGUUCAAUGCCUUUAUGCUUGAUUAUAGCAAGUGAUGGUUUGUGGGAUGUACCUUGUUGUUCUGGUCCAGAAGUUUCACUGAUGGCAUGGAAGUGGUAUAGAAAGCAUAUUUAUCGUAAAAUAGAUUGUAGAAAUUUUCAUUCAUUUUCUGAAUUCUUAGUUAAUGUAGCCGUACAAAAUGGUGCAUCGGACAAUAUAACAUGUAGUGUAAUUUGGUUGCAUAAAUGGAAACCAACAGAAUUAAAAGGUUGGAAUGUUGAUUGUCAGUCGUUAGCAUCAUCUACUCUAGUCAGAUGGCCUAGACAUUCACGAGUUGCUUCACUAGUCAAUGUUAAUUCACCUACUGAUGUUGUAUUAAAAGGUCCACGAAAAUGUAUACCAUCUAAAAUAUCUCAGUUAAUUUCUCAACGAUCUUAUUCAUUAAAUAAUAUAUUUGAUAAUGAGUUGUCAACUUCACGUUUUUCCAGUCCUCCACGUGAUAUUUUCUAUCAUCAAUCUGAUUGUAUAUCUUCAUCAAAUUGAAUUUAUAUAACUAUUACCAACAUUCUUGUAUAAAUUGUAUGUUUGUUUGCUCUUGUUUUAUAAUUCACCUUUUUGUUUUCUGAACAUAUCUUAUUGACAAAACUCAAAUCUUAACCGUGUUUCAUAUCCGAUCGAUGAAUACCCUAGGCCAACAAUAACAGUAACAACAACAACACAUUUCUACUGCAUAAAUUGUUAUACUACUAAUUUAUUGACAAUGAAAUAUAGUGAUAUGUAAUUGUGUGCAAAAUGGCAGUUGCAUUUGAAAUUUUUUUUGCUAAAGACGAUUUUCAGUUUCUUAUUAUCAUAUUUCUUGUAAAAAACUAUUAAUGUAUUCAUAAUAUUUUUCUCGAUUCUGUGUAUGUAAAAAAAAAAAAUCAACUCGUUCAAUUUGUACUUUUUAGAAAACAGUAAAAGUUUAACUCACCACUUUUAAUGUUGUUUUUUUAAAUAAUCAAAAGAAAUAUCCUCUCAUGCGAGAUAUAAGUUGUUGUUUGCUUUUCUACUACUACUACUACUACU